AUGUCUUCAUUCACUUCACAAUCAUCUACUUCUUCUUCUUCUUCUUCUUCAUCAUCUGAAGGAAAGUCGAUGUUAUCUUUUAUCAUCAACGAUGAUAACACUUCACCAAUGGACUAUAUGCCAGUCUCUAGUGGCUUUGUGAUCAAGUCUACUCCCUCUGCUGUUGCUGCUUCUGUUUCUACUGUUGCUGCCGCUGCUGUACCUGCCUUGCCAGUCAAGAGAGAUUUAAAGAGAAGACCUGGAGAACAACUACAACGUCGUAGUGUUAACAAGGUGUCUCUUGUAAAGACCAAACAAUCUGAAGUUGCUGAUUCCCCCUCCUCCAGUGCCUCUGCCUCCAUUUUUGAGUUUGUUCAAGUGAAAAAAGAAAUCAUCGAAAUUGAAGACGACGAUGAUACUCUUGUUAUCGCUACAACUGCCUCUCCCACUACUGCUGCCACUGCUACUGCCACUGCCACUGCUACCGCCUCUGCCACUACUGCUGCCACUGCUACUGCCACUACCAUUCCUACUGCCUCUCUCACUGCCGCUGCUGCUCUCACUGCCACUGCCACCACUGCCACAUCCACUCCUACUGCAGGUACCAAGAUCUUGGGCAAACAAUUACCAUUCCCAUUCGAUCAACUUCAAUCGUUGAUGAUGUCUGCCAUUGCUGUAUUUAACGAGACUUGGGGGAUCAUCCAACAAAUCAGAACCAAGAAGGUACCUUCCACCACACAAUCAGUUAUAUCAUCGGUCCUCAAUCGUUUUACCAUUGUAGGCAACUACUUUACCCGUCUCGACACGUUGAUUACUGACCACAAUUCAAUCUUUGCCAAGGACAAGAACUUUGUCGAACAUCAAAAGCAAUACCAAAACUUCCAAAAGCAAUACCAGAAUGCCAAGACGUUGUUUACUACCAUCGUCGCCGACAAGGUAGAAGAACUUAAAUGUCAAUUGAAUCAAGUUCAACAAGUUUUAAAUACUAAAACUAAAUAA